UGCUCGAAGCAACUCCUCUUCUCGGGCAACUAUCCUAUCGUCACCGUCCUCAGCCGAGACGAGUUUGCAUUUGCAGAUAACAUCUUCACCUCCAUCAACGCGUCGACUUGGACGGGAUCGCUCUGGAGCUUCUCGAUGACUGCUCCGGCCACGACCAUCCUGCUCCAGAUCCAGGUCCGCAGCUAUGGCUACUUUUGGAUCGAUGCCAUCAACGGCAUCAUUCAAACCACCAUCGCCCCGCUCCCGGUCGCCUGGUACUAUCGAGAUCUGGCUUCCCUUGGAUCGCUCUCCUCGGUGUUGAGCCCAGGCGGAUACUGGGGAGGAUCCCUGGCCAUUGCUUUGGCUCAGAUGCCAGCUGUGUCGACGCUGUGGUUCGCUGGCCCCUCAGCGAGCACUUCGCCAUCGACUACGGUCUUGGUGAGCUUUGACGGCUUCCAAACCUUCAAGGCGCUCGUCAUUCAGCCUCCAAACGCAGUUCCGGUUUCAAAUCUGUGCGGAGGACCCAACACAAUGAACAUUCGCCAGAUUGUUGCUCUGACAAACAGCUUUGUGGCUGUCACUGACAGCGGCGUAUUUCAACUGACCGACUCCCAGGGAGCAUUGACAUGGAACCUGGUGCUGCAGCAGUGUGUCACUCGCAUGAUCUACGCAGCGCAGGAGCCUGCGUUUAACGAGCUCGAGAAGUGGGCUCCGCUUCUACUGAUUCAGUCCUCCAGCUCGCGAGGGCCACGAGCCUGGCUUCUGGCGAACGAAACCAGCGCUUUAUCGGAGCUUCUGAGCUCGAGCGGGGCCACAUAUGCGGAAGCAAUGGGUGUGUUGCCUCAGCGGCUCACACUUCUCGCAGGAGCGGCAAGCACAGCGACAAGCGACGGGGCUGUAUUGUUAGUCCAGUCGUCCGGAAGCGGAUACAUCAUCGUGCAAUACCAGAUAUAUAUGCAAUCGUGGAGCAACCUGUAUACAUUCCCAUCCACAGUUCCUGUGGCGACAAGCACCAAUGGGGUGUAUGCUGCUUCGAACCUCAUUCAAACAGCGACUGGGCUUUGGACCGGCACUACGUACACCCUCGUUCUCAGCGAUAUGGCCAUGCAUCGCGACAUAUCAAGAACUUUGUUUGUGUGGGGCAACGCCCUGUUUGUGAGUCUCGAUGGUGGCGCAUCGUUUGUGCUGCUGCUGUCUUUCUCCAGUGCGAGCACGACCAUCACGUCCUUUGCAAGCGAUGUCGGUGGACUCUUUGUCGUCGAAACAUCGGACAACCAGCUCUGGAUGGGGCGUGUUAGCUACGCUUCCAUGAUCCAGCUCUACGGAUCUCGCUCGACACCAUCUACGUCCUACACGCCGUUCUUUGACAUCAACGGCUAUCUGAAUGAGCUACAGCUGAGCGCCACCGGCGUUGCAGUUCAGGAGAUUCCGUUGCAGGCCAUCGGCGUUGUCGCCUACAUGAGGUCGCUGACCUGCCCGUAUUCAGGCAUGGAGUUUAUCUUGCCCCCAAACUCAGAGUACUACAUUCGGAGCAACGCGCCAACUUCGAUAUCAAACCUGAGACUUCCGCAAUCCAUCUUUCUGGACAAGGGCGGUAUCUUUUCCUUUCAGAUCGUGGUUAGCCCAGCGCCAUCUCUCGCAGACAUCGAGCAACUCAGCCUGGAGUUUAUCCUGAGCGAUCCUUACCAUAUCCAGGCUCAGUGGGCCAAGACCAUCGACUGGAUAAACAGGGUGGUUGUGUAUCAGGUCACCAUCACCGAGUUCGGAACACAGAUGGGGUAUCUUGGCGUCGGGGAGCAGUUCGGCAAGACACUUUUUACCGUCUUGGUCUCCAACGAGUGUCUGGCGUGCGGAUAUCAGGGAGCACACUCGAUGAUUGUCUACACAGGGUGUCCACCGUUCCAGGGCUUGGUGCUGCCCAGCAGCAUCGGAACAUGUCCCGGCGACCCGGAAACUCCGUGCUUUUCAUUUUCGAACGACUUUUAUAUUGACUUUCUGCUCAGCGACUGGAUCACGGGCAACAUAACUCCGUACAACAGCCCGCAGAUGAUGCUGAUCGUCGGAGGUGGUCCGAGUCUCUCCAGCAUACAAAUGUAUUCCUCCGAUCAGAUCGCCCGCUUUAACCCAGGCAUCAGCGGCUCGGCGCGGUAUCUCAUUUAUACACUCUACGACAGCACCAUUUCGUUUGUCAAUGCCAGCCUGCCUGUCUCAUGGGUCUGUCAGCCGAGAUCCCCGUGCUAUGGAGUGCUGCCCAUGGUCAAUGGCUGGGAGUCGCCAAACUACUACUUCAUGCUCAACAUCUCCUUUGACCAGACGUUCACCCAGACAUCGUAUUGCAGCUCGCAGCUGCAGAUGGCCAUUCGGGUGUACAGCCUGCCGAUCGCCUUCGAGACCAGCUCGAUCUUCCUGAGCGUGACGAUCCUGUUGGCUGUCGGCGGCUCGUCGCUCUUCAUCGUGGGAUACUCCAAGAUCAUGGUCAAGCGGAUGCGCACAGAGCUCGCUAAAGUCGCCCCAGAGUCGUUUUCGAUCUCCAAGCCGACGUCGUUUAUGCUGGUACCGAGCCCUAAACACUCCGAGGCCCGUUUGCGGGCUCUUCAGAUCGAUCGGUCCGCGCGCGCUUCACGCACACACUCGGAUCAGCUCCUGCCCGAAGGGGGUAUUGCCGAAGAUCACCUGUCCAUGGAGCAACCGGCCUCAGUUCCCACCAACUACCGCUCCUCCACCGUAUUGCCGCAGCCGAUCACAGCGACCAUCAUCGAGGAGGACUCGCAAGACCUGAUGGACAGCCGCGAGAGUACCGGGUCAGCCAAGGACAGCGACUUGGCAGAGGGCAGCCAGGCCAGCUCCAUGGACGAAGACGCCGAGAGCAUGGAGGGUGAGAUCGGCAGUGUCUACGAUGAUCAGGAGCUUGUGACAGCACCAUUAGCACUGCCCAUGAUGAAUCGUCGGAUUCCUUUCACCCAACCAGAGUAGCCCCAUGACGUGGCUGCUUCCGUGCGGCACUAGCAGGCGAGCCCUGUGUCUUCCUCGAUGGCAUCUGCUCUAUAUCACCGACUGCUGGACCAAUCAAUACGAUUCGUGAAUUAGAGAUGCUCGGCAGAUGCGUGGUCCA